AAAAGAAAAAAAAAAAAAAAAAAGACCAUCUUGGACCUUUUUUUCUCCUCUGCUCUGACUUCUCAGUUUACUAAAACCUUACUUGAAAAAGACGCCCCACCGAAUUGAAAGACACGAUUACACACACACACACUCACACACUUGACUGCUCCGCCUAGUGUACCAUUUUUUUGCCACCAGGUAUUAUUUGUUCUUGAUUCAUAUUACAGAAGACUCGAAAACUUCGAUUCACGCAAAUGGAAAUUGUUGAGUCCCCGCCUGGAAAAGUGGCGCCACCACCAAAACCCGCCGCACAACCACUUGAACUCCAGCCUCCUGCCCAAACUUUCACCUGCAAAGUGUGCAUUGAGCCCACUGAUUUCACGGCAACCCAACAAACCGUCAAGAUCCGAAACAAAAACUGUGGGCCUCACCAAAUUUGUGACGAUUGUAUGAUUAAAUACAUUCAAGCUAAGUUAGACGACAACGUGAGCAGAAUCCCCUGCCCCGAUCUGAAUAGCCCCGAGUUUCUUGACCCGAAUGAUUACCGGGUUCUUGUCGGCCCGAUGGCGUUUCUCCGGUGGUCGGAUGCACUUUGUGAGUCCACGUUGGUCGGAACGGAAAGAAUCUAUUGUCUUCACUGUCAGGACCUGAUUGUAAACGAGUGUGGCGGGACGGUAAAGAAAGCCAAAUGCCCAAAUUGCAAGAAAUUCUUCUGCUUUAAGUGUAAGAUUCCGUGGCACGCCGGAUUUAGGUGUGAAGAGAGUGGAGAAUUGAGGGAUGGAAACGAUCGAGCUUUUGGGGUUCUUGCGGAGAGGAAGAAUUGGAAGAGGUGUCCUGGAUGCCUUCAUUUCGUUGAACUCGUCGCAGGUUGCAGAAUCGUUAAGUGCAGAUGUGGGGCUAGAUUUUGCUAUGGUUGUGGCCGUGAUUGGAACCUGGGGUGUCAAUGUGAUAGGAUUCCGGCCGUUGAGCAGAAUCAAGGCAGUAAUUUCCGACGUAACGCCCGAGAAUGUUUAGUUGUUUCUGUAAUAAUUCUACUCUUGGCAAGCACAACUGUUACCAUUUUAGGGUCGGCAUGAUCCUGGCUCGUAAUAUACCUCCGCCCCAGUAAGGUUCCUCUCCGAUGACCAUAAAAUUGGAAGGAAACUUAUAGCUCUAACCAUUUUCUCUAGCUCCUUUCAUCUGGUACUUGUAGGCAGGUAUGAAUUAUGAACAUUAUUACAAAAGCGUAUGAUUCUGAUUUAAGAUUAUAUAAGGAGAUUGGAAAGGGAAGCUUGGAGUAGUAUAUAUAUAGUAUAUUACUAACGUACGUAUAAUUCAGCCCCUCAUUUUACAUCUCAAUUUUACUACUGAAAGAUUGAACUUCCCUUUUUUUGCUUUUCUCAAAAGCCUCUCGGCAAAAUGUUCUAAUCAUUAUAUUUAGCUUCGAUUUCGGAGAGCGGUUGAUCAUCGGC